AUGGUUCAGACCUUUCCACCAGAGCCAUCAUACUGCACUGAGAUGGGUGGCUACUUCAACGCAGCCUUCAUCUUCAAUCCAUUCGCUCCCAGGACCGUAGUCAUUGUCGCCAUUCUUUUUGUCAGCGGGAACGUGACCAUUAAUGAGACUGGCGUCAUCCCAUGGAGUGUUGACCACGAGCACAGGAAUCUGUACUUGGACAUCAAGGAUAAGAACUUCACUGAUUUCGCAGAAGAGUUGCAUUUCAAACCGGCCGAGUGGCGGGUGAUCCCCUACGACCGUACUCGCGAUUCGUUCACUCUGACAGUCAACGGUACCCACAUGAAUGCGACUCCUGCAGGGUGCAAUGCGACGCUUGAGGGUCUGCUUGAUUAA